UUGCUUAACCGUUCAGUGAGCAAUCGUAGUGAUCGUAGUAUUCGUAGUGAUUCGUAGUACCGAAUAUAAUUGAAUGCACCCAUUGAUUUGCUUUUUCUGCUGAAUGCAGCCUAUGACGUUCCAGCUUUUUUUUCUCGAGCUCCCCAAUCAUUUUUUUAUCGACCUUAAUUUUAUUAAUCAUUAAUUAAUGCAAAAUGAUGUAACGAUUAAAGCGUGAGUAAGCAAUUUUGUAACUUGUGUUCCAAAGUUUAAUUGAUUUUGAAUCCGGCGAAAAAAGCGGUGAUAGCGGCAGUGAUAAAAGAUCUCUGUUGUGUCGUUAGAUUGCUAUAAUAAUAUCCAAUAUGCUCACGCCGUUUGUAUACUGGGCCCAAACGGAGAGUCAAAUCACAUUAAAAGUAGACCUGACUGAUGUAAAGGAUCUUAAUGUUAAUCUAAAGGAAACUACAUUGCAAGUUACAGCCUACGGACAGGGAGCAAGAGGACUAAACAAUUACAGCUUUGAUUUGAAUCUUCAUUCAUCAAUUGAUCCUAAUGAGAGUAAUUAUAAAGUAAUUGAUCGCGAGGUGGAUUUUAUCCUGAAAAAGAAAUAUAAUGGUUGGUGGCCAAGAUUAACAAGUCAGCCACAAAAGCCCUCGUGGCUCAAAGUUGAUUUUGAUAAAUGGAAGAGCGAAGACAUGGAUGACAAUGAGGAUGAGAAGCGUGAUAUUCUUAAUGAUUAUCCAAAUAUGUAUGAUAAGUUGCACAAAGAGGAAUUUGGUUAUAGGAAAGAAGAUUUUAAAAAAGUGUAUCUAGUCAUAUACAAUCUCUUUCAAUUUGUCGGUUUCAUUUAUGUGUUCAUUGUAAUGGGUAUACGAUAUUCGCGCGACGGACCAGAUUUCAUGAAAGAAACUUUCGACACGGUUGGCAAUCCAUUAAAGUUUGUACAAGUUUUACAAUUGUUGGAGGUGAUGCAUCCUAUGUUCGGAUAUACGAAGGGCAGCGUGCUGGUGUCUCUCUGGCAAACGGGAGGUAGAGCGUUUGUGCUGUUUUGCAUGAUCGACGCCGAGCCUCGUAUGCAGACCAAGCCAGUUGUUUUUUACUUGUUUGUCAUAUGGAGCAUGGUGGAAAUAGUCAGAUAUCCGUAUUACAUCACGCAAUUGUUAAACAUUAAAAUACCUUUGCUAACAUGGCUGAGAUACACAAUAUGGAUACCGUUAUACCCAUUGGGCUUUCUAUGCGAGGGUAUCAUAAUGUUACGGAACAUCCCGUACUUCGAAGAAACUCAAAGAUUCACUAUCUCUUUACCGAACAGUUAUAACUUCGCUUUUCAUUUCUCCUCUGUCAUAAGACUCUAUCUGCUCUUCUUAUUCUUACCCGCAUUAUAUAUGGUGAUGUCUCAUAUGGCUAAGUUGCGAUCUAUAAAACUUGGGAAGUCCAAUAUUAAAAAGAAGUAUAACUGAUUUCGCAGAGUAGAGCUUAUAUUGCUCUUUCCAUCUGUAAUCGCUAUUGCGCAAAAAUUAUAAUAAAAGAGAAUAAGAUACGUAGAAGAAGUAAUAAACUCCGUUUUAGCGUAUACAGCUUUCGUGAUAAUGCAACAGUUUUAUAUAGACAUUUAUAUGUUCUUAUCGCUUAUAUAUUAAAUAUUUUUCAAGAGCAGAAUUUAAAUUUUAGGUACUUAGGUAUAAAUUGAUUUUAUUCCUAGACUUCAUUAUUUAGUAUAAUUAAAUGCUAUGUAAUGAGGUACAACGCGCAGCGUAUUUUCAUUCUGCAUAUCUGCCAUAUUGUACCAAGCGGGAAGAACAUUACAAUAUAGAUUUCAUCCGAUGACUUUGCAAUAUGAAUAUUUGACUGCAUUCCGCAUAAUGAACGGCGUUACUAGGAAUUUAAUUUCUUAGAUAUCUAAGCCUCAAAUGCGAAUAUUCUGUACAUGAAAGAAUAAAGUAAAUUAUGUAAAUAGGACAA